AUGGAAAUGGAGCGAACAGAAGCAUUCGAAAAGGCGAAAGCUUUGGCGGAAGCAGGAACACUCAACGAGGCAUUCGAAGCAAUUGAAAAAUACACUUCAGAGGAGGGGAUUGAGUACACUCAGUCUGAAAUGCAUACAAUCAACAUUAUUGUGUGUGAAAAACUGACGAGUUGCUCAUUUGAAGAGAAGAAGGAUGCAUGUUUUGCUUGUCUGCCACUUUUAGAAGGAGUCAAGCUGGUAAAAUCAGCAGAAUGGCUCGAUCUGUAUAUCGAUGCAGUCUACGACGUCUUCAGCAAACUUAGUCGGUAUGCCAGAGAUGAGGAACGGAAUGAGGUGUGGAAUCGGGUGAAGGAAAUCUUUUAUGAGCUUACGUUAGCUGCAAAAAAGGUGUGGAAGGAGAAAAACCAGCCACAGGGGCUCGAAGUCUAUGUCAGUUACGCGAAACUUGUCAAAAGUUAUCUGGAUGUGGCCGAUGAGGAUUCUUUCAAGAUAUGCGAAAACUUUGCGAAAGAAGCAAAGUUCGUUGGAAAAGGUACUCUGGACGACGAGGAUUACAAAGAUGCCAAAAAAUCGAUCGACACCAUCAACAAGAUGAUCACUGAUGCUAGACACGAGAAAGAGCUCAUUGAGGACUCCGAAUAA